UUGACUGAAGCCUCUGCUCUUUAGGACACUGACCCGAGUUCAGCUCAACACACAGACCUGACUGUCUGAACACACACCACUGUCUACCUGCUCAGGAUGAGGGCUGCUGAUUGGCUGUUGGUUCUGGCGGUCCUGCCACUCGUCUCUCUUGCCGUCCAUCCGGACAUCUGCAGCGCCAAACCCCGAGACCUUCCUCUGGAGCCGCGCUGCAUCUACCGCAGCCCCGACUCCGACCCCGAGGGCCCGACCCCAGAGCCCGAGCCGGUCCCUGAGUCCACCAACCCCAGAGUGUGGGAGCUGUCCAAGGCCAACGGCCGCUUCGCCCUGUCGCUGUACAAACAGCUGGCGCUCAGCAAGACGCCAGAGUCCAACAUCUUCCUGUCCCCCAUCAGCGUCUCCACAGCCUUCGCCAUGACCAAACUGGGAGCUUGCAACCAGACGCUGCAGCAGAUCAUGAAGGUGUUUGAGUUCGACAGCAUCAAAGAGAAGACCUCAGACCAGGUCCACUUCUUCUUUGCCAAACUCAACUGUCGUCUCUACAGGAAGAAGGACGAGACCACGGAGCUGGUCUCUGCCAACCGCCUGUUUGGGGACAAGUCCCUGGUCUUCAACGAGACCUACCAGAACAUCAGUGAGACGGUCUACGGGGCCAAGCUGCUGCCGCUCAACUUCAAGGAGAACCCAGAGAAGGCCCGGACCACCAUCAACAACUGGAUUUCCAACAAGACUGAGAACCGGAUCCAGGACACACUGCCACCGGGGACGCUGGACUCCACCACCGUCCUGGUCCUUGUCAACACCAUCUACUUCAAGGGUCAGUGGAAGAACAAGUUCGACAAAGACAACGUCUUUGUCUCAGACUUCCACGUCAGCGAGAGUCGCCGCUGCCCCGUCAACAUGAUGUACCAGGAGACGAGGUUCAGGUACAGGAGCUUCCCCCAAGACCAGGUGCAGAUCCUGGAGAUGCCAUACAGCGGAGACGACAUCACCAUGGUGCUGAUCCUGCCGAGAAGAGGCACGCCGCUCAGUCAGGUGGAGGCGAGUCUGGACCUGAACAAACUGAACAACUGGCUGAGUCAGAUGAAGGAGACGACCGCCUCCGUCCACGUCCCUCGGUUCAGGGUGGAGGACAGUUUCAGUCUGAAGGAGAAGCUUCAGGCCAUGGGACUGACUGACCUGUUCAGCCCAGACAAGGCCAGCCUGCCAGGGAUGUUGGAGGACGGCAGUGAUGGUCUCUUCAUCUCAGAUGCCUACCAUAAAGCCUUCCUGGAGGUGAACGAGGAGGGCAGCGAGGCGGCAGCAGCCACUGUCGUCGUGGCGAUCGGACGCUCCAUCAACUUGAACCGGGAGAUGUUUGUGGCUGACCGACCGUUCCUGCUGCUCAUCAGAGAAUCCACCAUCAACACGCUGCUGUUCAUUGGCCGAGUGUCCGACCCCUGCAGCCAAUGAGGACUGAGCUGCUGCUUUGAUACAAGAAUCGACAUGUGACAAACUAAAUCAUCAUACCAGUGUAACUGAGAUAUUUAAGAACUGAAGUAUUGAUAUGGUGUUAAUGACACAUGAUGACAUGGUGAAGGCUUUAGUUCAUCAGUUCAUCAUGUUGCCUUCACUGUCCAUGAAGUGUAAUUGUUCUUUUGUACAGUUGUGGUCACAGACUCUCUUCACCUUCCUGCACUCGAGUCUGAGUCAAACCUCAAUAAACACAGUAAAAGAUGAA